UUGAAAAGAAUCCAAUUUCCCAGCCCAUAACCCUCGGGUUUCUCUCCCCAACUCAUCUCCGAUUCUCUGUCCUUCGUAUCUCACUCACCGCGCCGGUCAGCCAACGGAGGUCGCCUCUCCUUCCUCCGAGUCGCCAGUCUCCGCUCUCCUUCCUCCGUCUUGGCUCCUUCGUGCCGUGUGUCUCGUCGUCCACUGCGCGUGGCUGUGCUGAAGCUCCGAACUCCGAAGCUGCUCCGUCCCUGACUCAGCUUCUGCUUCUGUAGGCUCAGUCAACCGGUUCAACUAGUAGCUCAUCGGUUGAAGCAGUGACCCAGUACUAUGAUCGGUUUAAUUAUCGGUUCAGUUCUGAUAACGAUGGAUACAAUAGAUAGUUAUAACUCCGUCCCCUUCCUUUUUUUUAAUUACCAAAAAUACCCUUCUCCAUCGCCACCCCCACCAUCACCUUCACCAGCCAUUGCUACCAUACUCAACCACUCUAAGAAGGUUUCCCCGCAAAGGACUCCCCUGACUCAAGUCAUGGAUUCAGGGUGGGCCAACGAGUACAUUCAUCGGGUGAUUCAAGGAGAAUUGGUACAGUUAAGUAUGUGGGGCCUGUAGAAGGCUAUUCAGGCACAUGGGUUGGAGUUGACUGGGAUAAUGGAGAAGGCAAACAUGAUGGAUCCAUCAAUGGUGUCCGAUACUUUCAUGCAAAGUCUGAAAGAUCGGGGUCAUUGGUUCGUGCUCCGAAUUUGAGCCAAGGGAUUUCAUUGCUUGAGGCUCUUGAAAAAAGAUACCGAAGUAAAUCAACUAGUGAUGAAGAGGAUGAAAUGUAUGUCCUUUCAACUAGCAACAAUCGAGUAUCUAUUCAACUUGUGGGUAAAGAUAAAAUUCAAGAUAAACUAAGUCGAUUUGAGGAGUUAACCAAUGCAUCAUUGGCGUAUAUGGGUGUUAGUUUCCCUGGAAUUCCAUACCAGAUUAAUACUACAGUCCCAAAUAUGAAGGAACUUGACCUGACUGGGAACCUGCUUUCGGAUUGGAAGAUGGAAACCAAAACAAGCAAUCCCAACUUCCUCUCUUAUUGGCUUAGUUUUCCCUCUAUUCAUCUCUUAGAGAGCUCAUUAGAUGUUGGCAAAAUUUGUGGUCAGUUACCUGCUUUGCAGGCUCUCAACUUAUCUAACAACUUAAUGUCACCAUAUAAAUCAGAACUUCCACCACUGGAAAGCAUCAGCAUUCUAGUUUUAAAUAAUACUGGUGUAGAUUGGGAGCAGGUUGAAUUGCUUAGACAAUCAUUGACAGCUAUUGCAGAGCUACAUCUUAUCAGAAACAAUAUAAGCAGAGUACUGCCUAUGUCAUCCUCCUUUGUUCAAGGAUUUAAUUCUUUGCGUCUAUUGAAUUUGGAUGAUAAUUGUAUAGCUGAAUGGGAUGAAGUCAUGAAGCUUUCUCAACUAAGAUGUUUGGAACAGCUUUAUUUGGACAAGAAUUGUUUGAAUUCUAUCUUAUAUCCAGAUAACGGCCAGCAGAAUGAAUUGGAAGCCACAAGCUAUAAGCCCUUUCAAAAUUUGCACUGCCUUCUAUUAGGUGAUAACAACAUCGGUGAUCUAGUCUCUAUUGACUCAUUAAACUUGUUCCCUAACUUGGUGGAAACUAGGCUUUCUGAGAACCCAAUAGCUGAUUCUACAAGUGGUGGAGUUCCAAGAUUUGUUUUGAUUGCUCGUUUAGCAAAAAUCAAGGUGUUUAAUGGAAGUGAGGUUACACCUCGUGAAAGGAAGGACUCUGAGAUUAGGUAUGUUCGACUUGUGAUCUCGAGGUUGCAUGCUAAUGCUGAAGAAAUCAAACAGCAUCCCAGGUUUUCUGAGCUUAAGAGUUUGUAUGGAAUUGAGGAUGAGAGACCAUCAACUGGAGCUUCAGGCCCACAAACAAUAGGCUCAGGGUUCUUGUCUAUCACUUUGAAGUGUGUUGGAGCAUCCAUGGGUGAGAAGCAACCAUUGACAAAGAAGCUGCCAGCAACAGCUACGGUUGGUAAGCUGAAAUUUCUCUGCGAGAGCUUUUUUAAGCUGAAGUCAUUGAAGCUAAAGUUAUUUCUUCAAGAAGAGGGCUCUCCAUUACCUGUGCUGCUCGACAACGACACAUCAUCUCUUAUGGAUCUUGGAAUUGGCAAUGAAUCAAUUAUCCUUGUAGACGAAGAAAGUUGAUAGAAAGAUCAGAAAUUGAAGAGCUUCUCUUGAGUGUGGUUACAAGCCAACAUAAGUUGAAAUCUUGUGUUUUUUUGAGGCAAUGCUGAAUUGGAUGCUCUUUCCCCAUUCAUGCCACAAAUAUUUUUUUGUAUCCCCAGUUCCAUUGCAAACAGAUUUGGAUCUUGCACGCCAAGAAAGAAGAAUGGCAUUAUUUGGAAAAUGAGCUCACAUCUUUUACAAAUGUGUUUAGGAAAUAUUUAUGUUUGCAAUGCAGAUUCAGAUUAGUCCCUCAAAAGGCUGGACGGCUAAAGGAUGCUGCCGAAGUCUUUGCUGAUAUGUUAAAAUCCGGAGUGGCAAUGGAUACAAUCACUUUUAAUACUAUGAUCUUCAUCUGUGGAAGUCAUGGUAAUUUGUUGGAAGCUGAAUCUCUGCUUAAUAAAAUGGAAGAAAAGGGUAUAUCCCCUGAUACGAAAACUUACAAUAUCCUUCUGUCCUUGUAUGCUAAUUCGGGGAAUACUGAUGCUGCUGUUUGUUGUUAUAGAAGGAUUAGAGAUGUUGGGCUCUUUCCGGAUGAUGUAACUCACAGAGCUCUUCUUGGUGCGUUAUGCUCAAAGAAUAUGGUUUAAGUUGUGAAAACUCUGAUUGAUGAAAUGGAGAAAUCUUCUGUUUCUGUCGAUGGGCACUCUCUUCCUGGUAUCAUCGAGAUGUAUGUUAACGAAGGAGCCCUUGACAAAGCAAAUAAUAUGCUUCAGAAAUUUCUAAUGAACGGUGUACCAUCAUCAAGUAUAUGUGCUGCAAUUAUGGAUGCUUUUGCUGAAAAGGGACAUUGGCUUGAAGCCGAGAAUGUGUUUUAUAGGGAAAGAGGUGUGUCAGGGCAGAGAAGGGAUGUCAUAGAAUACAAUAUCUUGAUCAAAGUGUAUGGCAAAGGAAAACUUUACAGCAAAGCUGUUUCUGUCUUCAGAGGAAUGAAGAAUCAUGGGACUUGGCCUGAUGGUUGCACUUAUAAUUCUCUCAUUCAGAUGUUAUCCGGUGCUGAUUUAGUCUAUCAGGCAAGAGAUCUCAUGGUUGAAAUGCAAGGGAUGUCAUUUAAGCCGCAUUGUCAGACUUUUUCUGCUGUUAUUGCAUCCUAUGCUUGUCUCAGUCAGCUUUCUGAUGCUGUCAGUGUGUACCAGGAAAUGCUACGAGCCGGAGUAAAACCAAAUGAGGUUGUGUAUGGAUCUUUAAUAAACGGAUUUGCAGAAUACGGUAGUCUUGAGGAGGCACUUUGGUAUUUCAACAUUAUGGAAGAAUCCGGAUUAUCUGCCAAUUUAGUUGUGUUGACAUCCUUGCUAAAGUCUUAUUGUAAGGUUGGGAACUUGGAAGGAGUAAAAGCGAUUUAUGAAUGGAUGCAGAACUUGGAAGGUGGUCUUGAUUUAGUUGCGUGCAAUAGUAUGAUCAGUCUCUUUGCAGAUCUCGGAUUGGUAUCCGAAGCCAAGAUGGCUUUCAAGAAUUUGAGAGAAAAGGGCUGGGCAGAUGGGAUUUCAUACGUGACAAUGAUGUAUCUUUAUAAAGAUAUGGGAAGGAUCGACGAGGCCAUUGAGAUUGCGGAGGAGAUGAGGCUUUUAGGUUUACUGAGGGAUUGUGUUUCAUAUAAUAAGGUAAAGGUUUGUUAUACCACUUAUGGACAGCUUUAUGAGUGUGGUGAACUAAUACAUGAGAUGAUAUCUAAGAAGCUUUUGCCAAAUGAUGGAACUUUUAAAGUGUUGUUCACUGUAUUAAAGAAGGGAGGGUUUCCAAUUGAAGCAGUUGUGCAGUUGGAAUCAUCUCUGAAGGAGGGGAAGCCUUAUGCGCGCAAGCUGCGAUCACUGCUUUAUAUUCUUUAGUUGGUAUGCACAAUUUGGCGCUUAAAUCCAUUCAGACAUUCAUAGAAUCCGAGGUUGAUCUUGACUCCUAUGCAUAUAAUGUGGCAAUCUAUGCAUAUGGUUCGGCUGGAGAAAUCAACAAGGCCUUGAAGACAUACAUGAAAAUGCAGGAUAAGCAUUUGGAGCCGGACAUUGUGACUCAGAUUAAUAUGGUAGGUUGUUAUGGAAAAGCCGGCAUGGUUGAAGGCGUGAAACGGAUAUUUACCCAACUAAGAGGCGGAGAGAUCGAGCCAUGCAAGUCUUUGUUCAAGGCUAUUAUAGAUGGUUACAGAGUUUGCAAUAGAAAGGACCUGGCUGAGUUAGUUGGCCAAGAGAUGAAAAUCACAUUCAACUUGGAAGAAAAUAAUGAAGUUGAGAGCAAAAUUGAAAGUGAAAAUGGAAGUGAUUGUGAUUGAUUUUGAUGAGAGCUUCUUUGAGGUCUGUUAAAUCCACAGGUGGUUGUAUAUUAGGGGAGACAAAUUUAUGUAUGUACAAUGUAAGUAGUGAAACGCAAAUGAUUGGUAAGGAAAAGAAGAAAAAGAAAAAACCACAUACACAAAACACAAAAACCUAGUGGUAAUCACCACAUAAAUUACAAAUAUCGUACUCUCAAACAAGUUACCUUUUCUGCCCCCUUGCUUCUCGUUCGAUCUGGCAGAGUGCUGUCGUGAGUCGUCAGUGGUGAAGUGAAGAAGAAGGAAUAACAGUGGUCGUCGUCUGGUCUUUGUCUGCUCGCAGUUGCCUGGUUGCUGUCGCACUCAACUGAUUGCCGUCCUUGUCUGCUGCUCAGAUCGAAGGUCAGUGCUCACUGUUAGGGCUUGUUCUUCAUAUUUUUAAUGGUCUGUUCAGAUGUGAGAACAAAGGUUUAGGAUUCUGCUAGUGCUACUUAGAUUGCUUUUUUUUCUUUAUUUUUUCAUUCUUGGUUCUUUGUUACUGCUAGUGCUACUCAGAUUGAACUGUUGGAUGAUUAACUUGUUGAAUGAUUAACUUCGUUCCUCUCCGAAUCAUAUGAAAAAAUAUAAAUUCAUCAAAAUGAGAAAAUGGUUUGUUUAUUCAAAUG